AUGCCCGUACACUCAUUCUGGGGAGUGACACUCAACCCCGAUCAACCCAUCAGGUUCUCGCCCGAGGUUUAUGACGUUCAUAUCACCCAAGCCGCUUUGAGUGGCGUCAGAGCUGCGGGCGACGUUACGGUUGUAGAGCUGACAUGGAAUUCCGGAAAUAGCCCCCAGGGCGUCGAAGAAAGUUCCGUGAUUUUGUGCUCUUUGUAUCCAGGCGUAAUGGACCAAGUCGUUCUCAACAUCUGGCUCGCUGCGCGACAACAGUAUCAGCUUAAGGCCAGUGGCAGGACUUCCAUCUCUUUGUUGGGUUACUAUGCUGCUCCUGAUACCUCCGGUCCACUGCCGGGAUCUGGUUUGCGUGUUCCCCGAUCAUUGACGACAGCGUCUGAAGCAGCGUCACAACCGGUCCAGCAGCAUAAUAGCAACAAGCGUCCACGACUCGACGACGAUGGCCCAGAUGCCGGCCGCUCUGCUAGUGCUUCGACGAGCAGAACAAAUGUGGUGGCCAAACCUGCUGCGAGUCUCUUGGGUUCCGCAUCCCGCGCUAUGCCCGACAGGGCUAGUGGAUCGGCGGGACCGGCGAGACCUGCUGCUGCACUGCCCGAUCGCGGCAACGUCGGCGUUACGACGAACACGGGAGGGCCGACAGGCAAGAUUCCGCGCGAACGUAGCGACGCACCCAGUCGCAGCAACGCACCCAGUCGCAGCAACGCCGGUCCUUCGAACAUGGGAGGGCAGAUCAGCAACAGUACGCGCGAACGCGGCGAUGCACCCAGCGGCAGCUACGCCGGUCCUUCGACGAACAUGGGAGGGCAGAUCAGCAGCAGUACGCGCGAACGUAGCCAGCCGUCUAAUACGACAAAGGGCCAGAAGUUGAACCCGGCCUCAUCUGCGACACGGAUGGAGCCACUCGACUUGACCUCAGGCGCCGGCGAUGCACUGAAGUUCGGCGACAUUGUUGCUCUUGCACUCACCAUCACUGUCCAGGACACAAACGAGAUCAUUGUAGACUCUCGGGCUCGCCCAAUGACGAUAAAAUUGGGUCAAGAGAACCUAUUGCCAGUCGUACAACACAAAUUGGCCGGCAUGAGGGUAGGGCAGCGCGAGAUUUUGGUGACGCCGCCGAAUGUAGCAUAUGGUUCGCACUCUCGCAUGGUAAAUAAGCAUUUUGUGGCGCCUAACUCGACUCUCAUCUGGGACGUCACCGUCGUUGCCAUCAAUCCGGAGACAUCCUCAGUUGAGUUGCAGGAGGAGGGCAGUCAUGUCGGACUCGGAGCAGAGUGA